GUCACAUAAGUUGUAGAUAUUCUAGAUACAGUAACAGUUUUAUUUUAAUUUGGGCUUAAAGUAAAAUAAAAUAAAAGUAAAGUUGAAGUAAUAACAAAAGAUUUUCUCAUACAACUAAAAGGAAAAGUUUGACUUGGUGGAUAUCUAAUAAAGAAAAUGGCAAGUGAAAUAGAAGAUACACUUAAACGAAUUCAAUCUCAUCGUGGCGUUAUAGGUACAAUUGUUGUUAACAGUGAAGGAAUUGCAAUAAAAUCUACAUUGGAUAAUACUACUUCUGUUCAAUAUGCGGGCUUAAUACAGCAAUUGACCGACAAAGCAAGAAGUGUUGUACGAGAUUUAGAUCCAUCGAACGAUUUAAUGUUUUUACGAAUGCGAACAAAAAAACACGAGAUUAUAGUGGCUCCAGAUAAAGAAUUUAUAAUGAUUGUUAUUCAAAAUCCUACCGAAGUUUAACAAAAUAUAAAUCAUAAAUAACAUACAAAACCUAGAAAAUUUAGAAAUAAGUUAAUUCUAUCUGAUUUAAGUAUAAUUACUUGUAGAAUUAUAUACUGGGAAACCGGAAAUAUUUUUUAAAUGAAGGAGACAAAAAUUUAAUAGCUAAAAAUGUGCUUGAUUUGAUUAGUCGAUAAAAGAUAAAAAAGCUGGUAAAGGUAUUAUUUUUAGUGAUCAGAUAAAACAAAAUCGAUAGUUUAUAAUUAUUACUCUUUAAAAUGCAUAAUUUUUUUUAUUAUAUUACUUUAAUAACUAUUAAUAAUGUACUAAAAUACAAUUUAUAAAAUUACCUUGUCAUUAA